GGAGUGGGAACGGGCGGGGGUGGGGGGACGGGCCGCACUUGGGGAGCCGCAGGGUUUAUAGGUCACCCGGAAGAAGCGCAGCCCGCGGCCGCAGCUCGGAGCAGGCCCUCGCCCGGACCGCGGUCGCCGUGCUCCUCCCCGCGGCCCCCCGGCGUCUAGGCUAGCCCGCGCUCGCCGAGCCUCUCGCGGCCGCUGCCGUGCGGCCUCAGCGUCGCUUCCGGUAGUUACCCGACCGCCGGCCAUGGCCGCCGCGGGGGGCGCCCGGCUGCUGCGCGCCGCCUCCGUGGCCCCGGGCGGCGCGGCCUAUCGUUGGCUGCUCCACGCCAGACCCCGCGCGGGAGCCGGCUGCCUCGCGGGGCUCGGGGGGCCGGGCCGGGGCGGCGGCGCGGUGGCGCCCCGGACGCUGAGCGUGUCGGCGCCGGCGCGGAGCAGCUCAGAAGAUAAAAUAACAGUCCACUUUGUAAACCGUGAUGGGGAGACAUUGACAGCCAAAGGGAAAGUCGGUGACUCUCUACUAGAUGUUGUGGUUGAGAAUAACCUAGAUAUUGAUGGCUUUGGUGCAUGUGAAGGAACCUUGGCCUGCUCUACGUGUCACCUCAUCUUUGAAGACCACAUAUUUGAGAAGUUAGAUGCUGUCACUGAUGAGGAGAAUGACAUGCUCGAUCUGGCGUACGGGCUAACGGAUAGAUCUCGGUUGGGCUGCCAAAUCUGUUUGACAAAGUCUAUGGACAAUAUGACCGUUCGAGUACCUGACGUGGUGGCCGAUGCCAGGCAAUCCAUUGAUGUGGGCAAGAACUCCUAAGCUAGAAUAAAUUGGAAUAUUUUCACAAAA